AUGGAUUGGCUCAGCGCCUCUUGUUAUGUGAUCAAUGGCCCCACUUUAGUAAAAAACAGCACUGAUAUUCCAACUCCUGGUCCCAAAAUAGUCAUUGCUGUUUCUUUGUUCAUGUCAUUUAUAAUUGGUGCCAUCAACAAUAGCCUCUAUCUAAGGAUGCUGAAAUUCAAGAUGCAAAGGAUUGUCGAUAAUCUCUUAUUUUUUCAUCUCAUUCUCUCCUAUUUUAUUUCAACAUUGAUUCUGCCAUUCAUGGCUGCCUCCUACCUUCAAGACAGUCACUGGGCCUUUGGAACUGUCCUGAGCAAAGUCUUCAGCAGCCCUUUGUCUGUGAGCACGUUUGCCUCUGCUUUCUGGCUCUCUGCCAUCAGUGUUGAUGGUUAUCUUCUCACCCUUCACCCGGUGUGGUCCCAGCAGCACCGAAGCCCACGCUGGGCUUCCCAAAUAGUCCUGGGAACCUGGGUUUCUGCCAUUCUCCUCAGCAUCCCCUAUUUGGUUUUCAGGGAGACACAUGAUGACCGUAAAGGGAAAAUGAUGUGCCAAGAUAACUACCUUGUGUCUACUAACUGGGAGAACAAAGAGAAGCAAACAUCAAGGCGAUGGAUUCACGGAGCCUGUUUCAUUGGCCGCUUCCGGCUGGGCUUCCUCAUGCCCUUCCUUGUCAUCGUCUUUUGCUACCAAAGAGUGGCCACCAAGAUGAAAGAGAAGGGACUCUUUAAAUCUAGCAAGCCCUUCAAAGUCGUGCUGACUCCUGUCUUCUCUUUCUUUGUGUGUUGGAUGCCUUACCAUGAGUACAGCAGCUUGGUCCUCACCAUGAACCAGUCACUGCUUUUACAGUUGACUCUGGUACUUACAGUGGUAACUGUUACCUUCAAUACCGUCUUUUCUCCCAUUCUCUAUCUAUUCACCAGAGAGAAUUUCAAGGUUUUCAAGAAAUCUACUCUUGCUCAGUCAACAUUCAGUGAUGACUCUUCUAUAGAAAGGGCAUAA